AUAGUAGGGCAGGUAUGAAUCAGAAGGUCAGAUAACUAAAAGGGCCACAGAGUUCCCCAGAGGGUAGGUGGACACAAGAGUUCUCAGUCUUUUUCUGAUUUUCAGGUACUGUCCACACCAUUCUUGCUGGCUGGGCCUGAUGCUGUCCUAGGUCUGGCCAGUGACCUGCCCCACCUCUGGCUGUAACAGGGCCAUGGAGACCUGGAGUCACCACCUCUGCCUGGGCCUUCUGCUCCUGCUCCUGCUCUCGGCAGAGUGCUUGGGAGCUGAGGGCAGGCUGGCUCACAAGCUGUUCCGUGACCUCUUCGCCAACUACACAAGUGCCCUCAGACCUGUGGCAGACACAGACCAGACUCUGAAUGUGACCUUGGAAGUGACAUUGUCCCAGAUCAUCGAUAUGGAUGAACGGAACCAGGUGCUGACCCUGUACCUGUGGAUCCGGCAGGAAUGGAUGGAUGCCUACCUACGAUGGGACCCCAAUGCCUAUGGUGGCCUGGAUUCCAUCCGCAUCCCCAGUAGUCUUGUGUGGCGGCCAGACAUCGUGCUCUAUAACAAGGCUGACGCGCAGUCAUCGGCAUCCGCCAGCACGAAUGUGGUUGUGCGGCAUGAUGGCGCAGUGCGCUGGGAUGCACCGGCCAUCACGCGUAGCUCAUGCCCCGUAGACGUGUCAGCCUUCCCAUUCGACGCUCAGCGCUGUGGACUGACGUUUGGCUCAUGGACACAUGGUGGGCAUCAGCUGGAUGUGCGGCCUCGUGGCGCCGCCGCCAGCCUGGCUGACUUCGUGGAAAACGUGGAGUGGCGUGUGCUGGGCAUGCCGGCCCGGCGGCGUGUGCUCACCUAUGGCUGUUGCUCAGAGCCCUACCCCGACGUGACCUUCACGCUGCUGCUGCGCCGCCGCGCCGCCGCCUAUGUGUGCAACCUGCUGCUUCCCUGCGUGCUCAUCUCGCUGCUUGCGCCACUCGCCUUCCACCUACCAGCUAAUUCGGGAGAGAAGGUGUCACUCGGGGUCACCGUGCUACUGGCGCUCACCGUCUUCCAGCUGCUCCUGGCUGAGAGUAUGCCGCCAGCAGAGAGCGUGCCACUUAUCGGGAAGUACUACAUGGCCACUAUGACCAUGGUUACAUUCUCGACAGCACUUACCAUCCUUAUCAUGAAUCUGCAUUACUGUGGUCCCAGUGCCCGCCCAGUACCAGCCUGGGCUAGGGUCCUCCUGCUAGGACACCUGGCAAGAGGCCUGUGUGUGCGAGAACGAGGGGAGCCCUGUGGACAGCCCAGGCCACCGGAGCCAGUCCCCAGCCCCCAGCCGCCUGCUGGCCCCCCAGCAGGGCCUUGCCAUGAGCCACAUUGUCUGUGCAGGCAGGAAGCCCUAUUACACCAUGUAUCCACCAUUGCCAGCACCUUCUGCAGCCACAGGGCUGCCCAGCGCCGCCGUGAAGACUGGAAGCGCCUGGCACGUGUGAUGGACCGCUUCUUCCUGGGAAUCUUCUUUUCCAUGGCCCUGGUCAUGAGUCUUCUGGUGCUGGUACAGGCCCUGUGAGGAGCUGGGACUGGGUCCCAGAAAGCAUCCAUAGCCACAGCAGCCACAGGAUGGAUGGCAAAAGCCAGGUGGUUGUUGAUCCUCAAAUAAUCCAGCCUCUCCUUACUGCUGCUAAGACCCUGGGAAACCCUCUCUUCAGAAUCAGUACUGCUGAUUUCACAAUCUACAAGGAACCCUUGUUGUGUCCAUGCCCUUACUAAGCGGGAUCCAGAUCCUAACACUGCCCUAAUUCCUAAAGAAGAACUCCAGGAAGGAUCAAGAUUGAAGUAUAAACUUGGACAGAACUGAAUGAGCAUGCUCAGAGUUAGAGCUCUUAGUGGGAAAAGAGCAGGUGAUUACAUAAGAAGCAGCAGCGGGGUAUGGUGGUGCACCCCUGUAAUCCCAGCAGCUCAGGAGGCUAAGGAAGGAGGAUCA